CCUCUCUUCCCCACGACCAAACAACCAAAACCCCCACCCGACACGUCAACACACACUCACACACUCAUUUCAGUCUCUCCGUCCCUCUCGUCAAAGAGAGGAAGAAAGAGCAAGGUGACAACCAGAUAACCACCAUGGUAACCGCCACCACCACCUUCUCCAACCUCACCUACAGCUCUCUCCUCUCCCUCUCCUCAUUCCACAGCCACCAUAACCACCUAAAUACUCACCUCACUUUCACCUCACUAACUCAUAAAACCACCACAACCUCCUCCGCACCAUUUUCCUCAAUUAAACUAACUUCCUUCCGCACCCCACUAAAAUCCCGUCCUUCCCUCUUCUUCUGCACCCUUAAAGAUUACCAGAGCACAGACACCGGCAACAGCAGUGGUGACGCCGGUGACAUUGGUGGAGCAGGUGCAGGUGGAGGUGGUGGUGGUGGAGGUAGUGGAGGAGGAGGAGGGGAAGACAGUGGAGAUGCAGGAGCAAAGAACAAGGUCGAAGCCUUGAUGGCGUUGGCUGAGGUUGGGAGAUCAUUGGAUAGCAUUCCUAGGGACUUGGCUGCUGCUAUAGAAGCUGGGAGGAUUCCGGGCUCUAUUGUUUCGACGUAUUUUGAGUUGGAGGAGUGGCAGCUACUGCGGUGGUUGCUUAACUUUGGAGGGUUCAAGGAAAGGUUACUAGCUGAUGAUCUUUUCUUGACAAAAGUUGGCAUUGAAUGUGGUGUUGGGAUAUUCACCAAGACUGCCGCAGAGUUGAAAAAACGCAGAGAGAAGUUUAGCAAGGAGCUAGAUUUUGUCUUUGCUGACGUGGUAAUGGCCCUUGUUGCAGAUUUCAUGCUAGUCUGGCUUCCUGCUCCUACUGUUUCUCUGCGACCACCUCUUGCAGUUAGUGCUGGACGUAUCAAAAAGUUCUUCUACGGCUGUCCUGAUAAUGCUUUUCAGGUUGCCUUGGCUGGCACAUCCUAUACAUUAUUACAAAGAUUUGGUGCCAUAGUGAGAAAUGGUGCUGAGCUUUUCUGUGUUGGGACCAGUGCAUCUCUGAUUGGUACAGGCAUCACAAACUUACUAAUAAAUGCACGAAAGGCUGUUGAUAAAAACUUUGCUGCUGAAGCCGAGGACCUGCCAAUUUUGUCAACCUGCACUGCGUAUGGCGUCUAUAUGGCUGUUUCUAGCAACCUUAGGUACCAAAUACUUGCUGGGAUUAUCGAACAACGAAUAUUGGAACCUUUGCUGCACAACCGCAAGCUUGCUCUUAGUGCAAUAUGCUUUGUUGUGCGAACUGGCAACACCUUUUUAGGCUCUUUGAUGUGGGUCGAUUAUGCUCGUUGGGUUGGCGUCCAGAGGUCAAGAUGAUAAUAAAAUAGAUAAGCAUGGUGUACCAUUUUCACGUACUAAAUAUUUCUGUAUAGUUUCAUUUUCUGCUAUUUUUUUGUAUGUUUCUCUUUUACCGGAAAGAAUAGCUUUCAGUUAUUAAUUCAUUCUGCCAUUCAUGGCAUUUCCUAUUAUUUCAUUCAAUAAAGCAGAUAAAACAGAUAAAAUUGUACUGUGUUCUGUACUGUUUUCAUUCAGCUGCAGAGACAUGCUUACCAA